GAGGAAAAUUGGUCAGCGGGAGCAAAAAAUCUGCAAUACAUCAAAUCUUGUCUUCAUUAUUCUGGAAAGUGCGCUACAGAAAAGUGCUGGAACGAUGACGAAGACGACAGUUAUGAACGGCUGCGUCUCGAACGUCCCAUAUCUCAUAUACUCACUACGCGCUCCAUUAGAGAGACUCCAAAGAGAGGCUCUCAGCUGGCUGUGAAGGCCCUUCCUCGUUCACAGCAGAAUAUUCUCAAAUUUAGUGGAAUACGACCGGUAGCGUCCAGGGACAUUCAAGAUGAGCAGCCGGUAGAUCUGGCGGAAGUACUAAGCCGAUGGCCAGGGCACGGAUCUGAAGAUUCUGAGACCUCGUUCAAGCGUCCAUCAGGCAUCAGCUCAGUCAAAGAAUUACAUUCCCUUUUGCGUCCGGUGGAAUUCAAAGACGAAGAAGACGAAGAGCCGUACAAACAACAUAUGGUUGUUGUCGAUGGAUGGCAAGCAUUUCGGAUACCCUCGUCCCCGCUCACAGCUGGCACUCCAUCGCUGGGAGACAGCUCGAGCGAUGUUGAUGAACUUUUCUUGGCCUCGCCAACGAGCGACGAGCCGUUCGUCCAGUCUCUGAUGUCCGCCAAAAUGGAGGAAUAUGAGCUUUCCCGAUCACAGAAGAUCGGAAACGCGCAGAGCAAGCCCCCGAUGCUCGGUGAAGGCCAAAGCCUCUCAACAUUCCUCUCCCCGCUGAUUUCCAGAUCCGCUGCCGGAAAGACAGAACCCAAUGUAGUCACCACACCGAAGUCUCGGCCUUCCUCCGCGCAUAGGACCGUAAGCUCAUCUAUGCUAGGGCAACCGCCUUCUACCCUAGAGGAUGGCGAUGCGGCAGUUACUGGCGACAGACGGUGGACAUUCAACGUCUUCUCGGACGACCCGAGUUGUGAUCUCGAAGCCACAAUGGAGAAGUUAUGCGGGAUCCCCUUUGAUGAGGAUGACCUUCAUGGUGUAAUCCUGCGAGAAAAGCUUGAUGAAAAAGAGACUAUGCUGAUGGACGUCCCCGUUCUUCGGCCUCCGAAUGAACAUCCACCCUCGAACGGUGUUUUCUUACCGAGCAGAUUACAGGAGCUCCUUGCCCCGCCGAAGCCACCUACCGCCAUGCCUGGUGAGCAAGCUGACGUAGAGGAUGCUCGGCCCAACUCAGGGUCAGGGUUUCUGAGGAAAGUGAAGGGGCUGCAGUUGCUCAAUAUAGAGCUAUCAUGGAGGCCAUUCAAAUAUGGCCCGACUAUCCCGACUGACGAAGAGGUAACAGAGGUUGCUGAAAACAUUAGCUGCGCUCUAGUCAAAGGAUUACACGUCGAUGAGAGGACCUUGACGGAGAUAAUGCACAAAGCCGACGAAGCACCGAUAUCAGAGACAGAUUUCAAGAAGGACCCAAGCUUUUGUCCGUCGCUGCGUAAGUGUUGGUCUGACGAAUGUCUGACGGACAAAUUUGGCAAGCUGUCUACUGGGUUCGACGACGACCAUACAAUAAUCAACCAAAGGCGCAUAAUAGUGCUUGAUGUCAGCCGCCAAAAUGAAGAACUACAUUCCAGCGAUUCAGAGAAUAAUCAAGGCUACCAUGUGGACGACAUCAGCGAACAUGCUGUUCAUCCACCGAAGCGCAUAAGACUUGAAGCCACAUACAACGAAUAUGUUUACAGUUCAGCAGACCCCGUAGACGGCUUGAUGAUAGAAGACUCUGGCAUCUUCAUUGAUUUGUCACAUGCGCUUGAUGACGAGAAGAGGAUGUUCACGAACUUGGCGUCUGAAGCUGAAGGAUUCGAAGGUCCAGACAUUGACGGAGAUCUCUUCGCGGACGUUGACCCAAUACAUCAGCUUUGUUGCGACCCCAGUCCUCCUGUUUCUCGUCCUCAAUGGCUGAAGGGACCUCACAACGCUCAGGAUCCUCGCUUGAGUUGCCUUGAAUGCCACCUGGACCCCCUCGAUACUUUGCUGUCUCGUCAUGAAGAUGCCAAUGCGCCCGAUGGCUUGAUCGCAAACGAUUCCCCUCCCACAGAUGCUGUCCACUCGCCAAUUGACCAUCAACAGGCUAAUUGCGCUCCGCGCCCGUUGCAUUCAUUCAAUCCGUCAACUUCAUUCACGACGGAACAGGAUCAUAUGUCUCUGAGCUCGCUUGAUCUUGGCCACCUGUCUGCUGAGACCUCUGUUGACCUGUUUCAGUUACCUCUGGCAGCACCUCGAUGCUCCCCUACGACUUUGAGGAAACCUGCUACGCCACCUACUUCGAACCAGCCAUCACCUAUGUCAUUCGCAAAGCAGUCAAUGACUAUUUUCUUGGGCCUCAAAGGAAAACGUCCGACUGAAAGUACGCUCAAAGUCGGCAGUCCUGCCCGGUCGGAACCUGCCUCUGUGAAGCCGACGACAACAGACACAGAAUGCCGGUCUGCCAAUACGCAGGAUCCUCCGUCGCAUUGUAAUAGCAUACCUGAAGAGUUGCUUGAUGCUCGUACGUUGUGCCUCUCGGACGUCACCUCGCCAGGCAGCGUGCAUCGGUACCUGGCGUCUAUCGAUCUCAUCCACAAACGGGUUCUUGUUCGUUAUCUGACAUCGGCACAAUGCGCCAUUGACCUGAUCGAACGCGAGUCUCUCGGUGGAGUACAUCUCAUCCUAGAUGCCGAGACUGCCGUGCUGUUCUCGUCUUUGGCAUCUCUACCUUCGCAACUGGAGGAUCUUACAAGGACACUAUCUGAGCUCUCUUGGCGAUUCAUGCGAGUUCUGGUGCUCUUCGAAGGAUUCCCAUCGAGCCAUGCCUACAGGGAGAUAAAAGGAACUCCAGGAGUGAUGCUCUAUCCCUUUCCUCCCUUUAUCAUUAAGGCUGUGAAGAAGAUGCGCAGAUAUCUGAACAUUGCCGAUGCAUAUCAAUCAAAAUGCUCAGGCUCAGUCAUUUCCUGCGCCUUCGCCUCAAGUGUCGAGGAGGCUGCACUGCUUGUGAGGCGCUUCGGUGAUCAGGCCCAGAGCAGAACUCCUCUCGGAAACGUGCUGUGGGGUAGCCGCGAAUGGCUCGACUUGGAUGAGCAAGACGGUGAGCCAGAUCUAGCUCAAGUUGAUGGGAUGAACUCCUUCGCUGCAUCGAUCAUCCUCUCGCAAGUGUCUUUGGACGAGUUCCUAGGCAUGACGGUUCAGGAACGACUGGACGCCUUCGGCGCUCUUGUUGGUUUCGAGAGAAUCGAACGCUUCAAUACAGAGCUAGAUCGGCGGGCACAAGCG